AACUAGCUGCUUGAUAUUAACACCCAUCUAAUCCUGUAGGCAAGGAACCUUUUCUGAUUAGUGCCCUAGAAUGAAACUAAAUUUUUGAGGGAAAAGUUAGAAUAGUCUGAACAUAACACUCUUUUUCUCCUAGUCCCGUGUAGACAUUUGUGAAAUUCACAACUUCCUUUUUCUCUUUAUGUCUUCCUAGCAAGUGAGUCUCACUGUGCAGGGGAGUUCUGCAGACCCCAAGCUGGAUGAUCAUGGCUGCUGCCUCCCUGCUGAGGAACCUGGAGGAUGAGAUGUUGUGCUCCAUCUGCCUAGACUUCUUGAAGGAUCCAGUGACCAUCGACUGUGGUCACGUCUUCUGCUACCUCUGCAUCAUUAAGGUCUGUGAGUCUUCAAAGCACGCACUACAUUGUUCUCUCUGCAAGUUAGCUUUUAAGAAAGAGAACAUCCGCCACGUGUGGCAGAUGGCCAGCCUGGUGGAGAACAUCUGGAGAAUGAAGAUAGAUGAGGAGCAAAACACCCAAGAAGAAAGACCCCCAGAGCAGCAAGCAGAAAAGCUGUGCAGGCGACAUCUGGAGAAGCUGCAUUACUACUGCAAGGACGACAAGCAGAUCCUAUGCGUGUUGUGCCGCGAGUCCUGGGAGCACAGGCACCACACUGCCAUUCUCUUGGAGAAAGCUGCACAACCUUUUCGGGGUAAAAUUCUAAGCCAUCUGAAGGUACUGAAGGGAGACAGGGAUAGAAUUCAGAAUUUUCAAUCUACAGGACAGGAUGAAAUUCAAGCCCUGCUGACAAAAUUCCAGAACUACAAGCAAGACAUUGCUACAGUGUUUGAACUGAGCCAUCAGUUCUUGAGAGAAAAGGAGCAGUGUCUCCUGGAGUGGCUGGUGAGACUGGAGCAAGAGCUCACUGAAGGGAGGGACAGCUGUGUCACCAAAGGCUUAGAGGAAGUGGUCCGGCUCGGGACUCUGAUCUCUGAGUUGGAGAAGAAGGCUCGGCAGCCAGCCCUCGAACUUCUGCAGGACCCAAGUGACAUAUCAAGCAGGUAUCCCAGGAAGAAGUUCUGGAUUGAAAAGCCGAUCAAUCCUGCAAUCAAAAAACAGGCUGAAGAAUUUUCAGACAAACUUCUUUCUUUAGAGAAAGGACUCAGAGUCUUCCAUGGAAAGUUGAUGAAGGAUCUGGAAUACAAAACAAUGAAGAUCGUCCUGAAUUCUCAGACAGCCAAUGGUUACCUGUCAGUGUCUCCAAAUGGGAAGAGUAUGAUAUUUACUGGCUCGUGGAUGAACAAAUGCCAGCAUGGCCAGCGCUUUGAUCCUGAGCCUGGUGUGCUGGGCAGCAGUGGCUUCACGUGGGGCAAAGUGUACUGGGAAGUCGAAGUGGAUAGAAUCUGGUGGGGGGCAGAGGAGGAGGAAGAAGCAACGAGGUGCAGAGGCGGGGUCAGGGACAUGGUCAGCAAUAGCUAUUUUAGUGGAUUCUUAGGCGUCAAUGAGGCAUAUGGUGCUCCUGGCUAUAGAAAUGAGCGUGAAGAGUUGGAGCAGAAGUGGCCUCAGGGAAACGGAAUAUGGCUCAAAUUCUGCGUAGUAGGGGUGGCAAGAGAGUCGGUGGUAAGAAGAGGAUUUCUCCACUUCAGCCCUGAGGAAGGAUUCUGGACUCUGCAGCUGUCUCCAGCUGGGGUCUCUGUGUGUACUGGCUCUGAUCCUUUCCAGAUUCUGUCCUACUGCCCGAGGCAGAUUGGAGUCGCUCUGGAUUAUGAUGGAGGGAAGGUAACCUUUACCAAUGCUAGGUCACAAGAAGUCAUCUAUGAAUUCUCAACUUCCUUCUCUGGGAAAAUUUUUCCUUUUCUGUGGCUUAACUGCAUGAGAUCCAGACUUACACUGAGACCCUAAGACAUGACCUUUUCAUUUUGUUCCCCCUUUCUCUUCUUUUUUCUUUCCCUUGUUCCCCUACAUCAUUCCUAACUUUUGAUCUUGACUAGAUCACCCUGACAGGUUUCUUAAUAUCCUAGGCUGACUAGAGCAGUGUGAUAGAGGCAUGAGUCUCAUGUCCUGUCUGUUUUUGUCCCUAAAGUGGGAAUGAUAAUACUUAAUUUCCUUUAUCUAUAAUGAAAAGGUUAUAAUUUCAUUUACAUAUUUAUUAAAAUAUAUGCUUCUAUUAA